GAACUCUGCCCUCCUCCCCCUCUCGCCAUCAUCUUCUUCCCUAUCACAAGACAAGCAAAUCUCAAUAACAUUAAUUUAUUAAUUUAUUAAAAAUAUCUCUCUAUUUUGAUUUUUUUUUAUUACAGCACCUUUUUUUUUUGAAAGAAAAAAGAAGCAGCCUCUUUAGUAUAUUUGUACUUCUCCUUCACAAUGAACACAGCCAUCAUCAACGAGAAGAAAAACAAAAGCAACUUUUUCUCUCCUUGCUUUACUUCUCCACCGCCGCCACCCGCCACCCGCCGCCACCAACCACCUUGUGAUCUUCGCUUCAGUUUCACCUCCUUUUUAUAUCAACACCCCCUCCUCCUGUCUUUGCAUCACAAAUCUUACAGUUUGACACAUCAAUGUUUCAUCACAGAAAGUGCACAAAGCUAUAUGCCACGUGGACGAUUUUCUCCAAUGGAUUUAAAAGGAGCUUUUGAUGUUGAGCAUAUGAGUUCCACAUCAAGAAUUCAGCAUGACCUGUGGCCUCUUGAUGGAAUUGAUCCAAAGAAAGCUAAGUUUCCAUGUUGUCUCAUCUGGACUCCACUCCCAGUUGUCUCAUGGUUGGCACCUUUUAUCGGACAUGUUGGCAUUUGCAGGGAGGAUGGAACUAUUUUAGAUUUUUCAGGAUCCAAUUCUGUGAAUGUUGAUGAUUUUACAUUUGGUGCAGCUGCUAGGUAUCUUCAACUUGAUAGAGAACAGUGUUGCUUUCCGCCAAACCUAGCUGGGCACACAUGCAAGCACGGCUACAAGCACUCAGAGUAUGGGACUGCGAUCACGUGGGAUGAUGCUCUGCAGUCAAGCACGCGUAGCUUUGAGCACAAAACAUACAACCUUUUCACAUGCAACUGUCAUUCAUUUGUUGCCCACUGCCUGAAUCGAUUCUGUUAUGGUGGAUCGAUGGAUUGGAACUUGAUAGAUGUGGCAGUUCUAAUACUCUUCAAGGGGCAUUGGAUAGACUGGAAGUCAAUAAUCAAAUCGUUCCUUCCUUUCACAAUUGUGCUUUGCUUAGGUAUAGUUUUGGUUGGCUGGCCUUUCUUAGUUGGGCUGUUCUCAUUCACUCUCCUCCUUAUGGGGUGGUUUCUGUUGGGCACUUACUGUUUCAAAAGCCUAUUAGAAUGCUAGCACUCAUGGAGUCGAUGCUGAUUGCGAUGUUUAGAGGAAGGAGUUGAACCAGUAUUGUUCUGUUCGUUUUGGAAGUGUUCAUAAUACCAAAUACAGUCGCAACACCAUGGAACUCGUGUUGAUGCUAGGAGAUAAUCUAUGCAGCAUCAUGAACUGAACUCAUUGUAGAACUGGAUGUUCUUUACUGAUAAUUGAAAAUUUACCUAUGGGAGCAUUACUUUCUCAGUGUGUGAUCCGAUGGUCAUAUUUAUACAGUUGGUCUCCUGCCUGGGGACUUGGAAAUGAGAGGAAAAGCCGAAACAUCUUUGCCAGAGAUAAGUUUAUUGUAUGAUUAGAUUCAUCCAAACGUUGCAUUGCAAAUAUACUAGAGAAAUGUUGAUUUU